AUGGCUGACGCAGAGACUGAUCAGGGGCUGAACAAGAAAUUAAACUUCUCCUUUUGUGAAGAAGAAGAUACUGAGAAUGAAGGACAGAUGACCACACAAGACAUCAGAGGGGCCCAGAGCCAAAAUCCUGGGAAGGAUGAAAGUGAGGAGUUGGAGGUUCCCAUGUCUCCCGCCAGAGAUGAACUUUAUACUUCUCCGAACAGAAAAAAGGAGAUUCCAGGUCCUGCUUUUUGGACAUCAGUUUCAGACUUCCCCAAAUGUCCAAAGACACCAGUAUUAUACAGCAAGAGCAAGCUGCCAGUCCCUACCAACUUCUCCACUCCCAAAAAUUCGCUGGGUCAGCCAGAGAUUUCUUUGCUAGAUAAGCUCUCUGCCCGAAGCUCAAAACAUUUGAGACUCACACCUGCUUCCCUCAUGGAUGAGAAGACCUCUUUGUCUCUGGUUAAUAUCAACCCAUUCACUCCGGAGACCUAUAGGAAAUUACUCCUUCAAUUAAAGGGCAAGAGGAAAACCAGAGACUAUCUUGAGGAAACUGGAGAAGGGGCAAGCAAAUCAAAACAGUGGCUACCUGCUAAGAAAAGUCUUCUACAAGAAACUAAUAUGACUUCCCGCUAUGAGAAAGAAUUCUUCGAGGUAGAAAAAAUUGGGGUUGGGGAAUUUGGGACCGUCUACAAGUGCAUUAAGAGGCUGGAUGGAUGCAUUUAUGCAAUAAAGCGCUCUGCAAAAUCCUUUUCAGGACUGUCAAAUGAUUUGGAUUUGCACGAAGUUUAUGCUCAUGCAGUGCUUGGCCAUCAUCCCCAUGUGGUCCGCUACUAUUCAUCCUGGGUAGAAGAUGGUUAUGUGGUCAUUCAAAAUGAAUACUGUAAUGGUGGGAGCCUGCAAGCUGCUAUAUCUGAAAAUGCUGCGUCCAAUAAUCACUUCCAGGAGCCCAAACUCAAAGACAUCCUUCUGCAGAUUUCCUUGGGACUUAAGUACAUCCACAACUCUGGCAUGGUACACCUGGACAUCAAACCCAGUAACAUCUUCAUUUGUCAUAAGAUGCAGAGUGACUCUCCUGUAGGCCCAGAAGAGGCUGAAAGUGAAGCGGGCUGGUUUCUCAAUGCCAGUGUGACAUAUAAAAUUGGUGACCUGGGCCAUGUGACAUCAAUCAGCAAACCUAAAGUAGAAGAAGGAGAUAUUCGUUUCCUGGCUAAUGAGAUUUUGCAAGAGAAUUAUCAACACCUUCCCAAAGCAGACAUAUUUGCCUUAGGGUUGACAAUGGCAGUGGCUGCAGGAGCAGAGUCAUUACCCAUCAAUGGUGACAUGUGGCAUCAUAUCCGCAAGGGGAACUUUCCAGAGAUUUUCCAAGAGCUCUCAGAUGACUUUUAUGGUCUACUCAAGAACAUGAUCCACCCAGCUCCAAAGAAGAGACCUUCCGCAGCAGCUCUGGCCAGAAGUCAAAUUCUCUGGCCCUUCCUGGAGAAGACAGAUGAACUCCAGAGACAACUGAAUUUGGAGAAACAUAAGACAGCCACACUGAAAAGGGAACUGAAAAAAGCUCAGCAUAUCCAGACCCCUCAGAGAGACAUCCACCAUUGUUAUCAUCAGGCCUGCAAACCCGAGAGCACAAGACACCUCCUGGUGGGCAGAGGGAGGAAGGAGCCCUCAUGCUUCACCUGUGGGGCAUCCUCCGUGUAG